ACCAAACUCUUCGGGCAUGUUUUCCACAUCAUCCUUCGAAUUUUGAAAGCCCACGCCUUCUACUCCAUCGGCUGCAAACAAAACCCCCCAAGAAACUCAACAGGCGAAACCCCUCCUCCUCUGGUUCCCGAAACUCAAAGCCAUGAGCCAAGAAUCAUCAAAUGACAAGAAACCAACAAUCCCUCCAUACAUGAAAGCUAUAUCAGGCUCUUUAGGAGGGGCUGUAGAGGCGAGUUGUUUGCAGCCAAUUGAUGUGAUCAAGACGAGAUUGCAGCUCGAUAGGAGUGGGAAUUACAAGGGAAUAAUCCAUUGUGGGUCGACGAUUGUGAGAACGGAAGGGGUCCGGGCUUUAUGGAAAGGGCUGACACCGUUUGCUACUCACCUGACCUUGAAAUAUGCGCUUCGUAUGGGGUCUAAUGCGGUGUUUCAGUCCGCGUUUAAGGAUUCGGAAACUGGCAAGUUGAGUAAUCACGGGAGGUUGAUGUCCGGGUUUGGUGCUGGAGUUCUUGAGGCCCUUGCUAUUGUUACUCCUUUUGAGGUUGUAAAAAUUAGACUGCAGCAGCAGAAAGGGUUGAGUCCUGAGCUUCUGAAGUACAAGGGUCCCAUACAUUGUGCUCGUACGAUCAUCCGUGAAGAAGGCGUUCUUGGGCUCUGGGCAGGGGCUGCCCCAACUGUCAUGCGUAAUGGGACAAACCAGGCAGCCAUGUUUACAGCCAAAAAUGCUUUCGAUGUACUCUUGUGGAAGAAACACGAAGGUGAUGGGAGAGUUCUCCAACCAUGGCAGUCUAUGAUAUCUGGAUUUCUUGCUGGAACCGCGGGUCCAGUCUGCACUGGCCCAUUUGAUGUUGUCAAAACAAGGCUAAUGGCUCAAAGCCGAGAAGGGGGUGAAUUGAAGUACAAAGGGAUGGUACACGCUAUCAGAACAAUAUAUGCUGAGGAAGGUCUUCUUGCCUUGUGGAAGGGACUGCUGCCUCGGCUUAUGAGAAUACCUCCUGGUCAAGCCAUUAUGUGGGCUGUAGCUGACCAAAUUAUCGGUCUUUAUGAGAGGAGAUAUCUACGCAUUGCACCUUCAUAGGUACUGUUUACCUUGUUUUGCAUGUUCUGGUGUUGAAAUGCAUUACAAAAUUUCUGAACUUUUCCUCUUGAGUUGGUUCGUCUUUUCUGAACGAAUGUUGCUUAAAAGAAGUCAUCAAUAAUUUGAAGUGCUUGGGGAUAACGAAGAGUCACUACAAGAAAACUUCUGACACUUUCCAGCGUGUAAUAUGAGGAUAUGUUUUGAACAUACAAACUGGUGUUUUAGCCUGAUCCUACUGGCACCUAUUGAUUUCUGGUAUCAUCCGUCCUUCCUAUUGUAAGGGGAACCGGAAGUUCUCAGUUUUGGGGUUCUGUUAGUUGAUGGAAGCAAUAGCAUUUUUGUAUUUCUGGCUGCGUUAGAAGCCGGAUCGUUUUGUAUCCUUUUUACUUUGUCAUGUAGGCGAAACCUUUUCUUUCAUGUAGCCUAUUGCAGACUUAGUUGCUUUAUAAACUCGAGCAAAUUUUAGCUCAAGCGAUGAGUUUUUUCGCUGUCUAGUUUACUUGCUAAUAAAAAAACGAAAAAGAAAGUAAAAGAAAUUUCUGUAA